ACCGCCGACGUGCCGUACGCCGAGGCCUGCUACGACGCGGCGGCCGCGGAGUCCUACUUCGCGGCGCGGCCGCUGGAGUCGCUGGGGCGGCUGCUGGAGCUGGCGCGCGUCAGCGGCGGCUUCGUCGCGAACGUCGUCCUCGACAAGAAGCUCGGCCGCGAGGCCGCGACGGCCGCGCGGCGGUCCGACGAGCUCCUCGACGUCGUGACGCGCCUCGGCACGACGUCGAUCAAGGUCGGCCAGGCGCUGAGCAUCCGCAGCGACCUGGUGCCCGCGGCGUACGUCGCGGGCCUGACGCAGCUGCAGGACUCCGUCGCGCCGUUCCCCGCGGCCGAGGGCCGCCGCAUCAUCGAGGACGAGCUCGGGAUCAGCGUGGACGAGACCUUUUCGUUUUUUAGCACCGAACCCGUCGCGUCGGCGUCCAUCGGCCAGGUCUACCGCGCGCGGCUGCGGAGUACGGGCGAGGAGGUCGCGCUGAAGGUGCAGCGGCCGAAGGUGCUCCGCGAGGUGGCCUUGGACGUCUACCUCCUGCGGCGGCUGGCGCCAACCUGGGCGAAAAUGACCGAGUCGAACACGGAUCUCGUUUCUCUGGUGGACGCGUGGGGCGCGGGCUUCAUCGACGAACUCGACUACGAGAAGGAGGCCGCGGCGACGGCGGCGUUCUCCGAGGCCAUGGCCGCGCGGGGCCUGAAUUCCGUCUUCGCGCCGGAGGUCGUCGAGGAUCUGUCUUCCAAGCACGUCCUGACCACAAAAUGGGUCGACGGCGAGCGACUCAGUACGUCGGACGCGGCGGACGUACCCCGAUUGUGCGGCGUCGCGCUCAACGCCUAUCUGACGAUGCUCCUCGACACGGGCGCGCUCCACUGCGAUCCGCAUCCCGGCAACCUCCUGCGCACCAAGGACGGCCGGCUCUGCAUCCUCGACUUCGGCAUGUGCCUCGAAGUGCGCUCAGACCUCCAGCUGUCGCUGUUGGAGUUCAUCGCGGACCUGAGCGCGGACGAGUACGAGCGCGUCCCCGACGACCUCGUGAAAUUGGGCUUCUUCGACGACCUGGAUUCGCCCGAGGCGACGAAGAAGCGGCAGGCGCUCUUCCGGGAAGACUGGAAGAAGAACCAGGCCGAGGACGCGAUGGGGCGGACCUCGUCGACGACCGCGGACAUCACGUCGAAGAUCGAGGAGCUCCAACAGCAAAAUGCCAACGUCUUCGCCAUUCCGGAAUAUUUUCUCUACAUGUCCCGCGCGUUCGCGACGCUGGAAGGCAUCGGCCUGUCCUCCGAUGAAAACUACGCCAUCCUCAAGGAGUGCUUCCCCUACCUCGCGAAGCGCCUCCUCUCGGACGACUCGCCGCGCGCGCGCGGCGCGCUCCGGACGCUGCUCUACGGCGCCGACGGCACGGAGCUCAAGCUCGACAAGUUGCGGGAUGUGGCCACGGGCCUACAGACCUAUAGCUCGUCGACCGUCUCCGUCGCGAGCGGGCGCGGCGAGUCCGACGCGGGCCUCGCGGCCGCGCGCGACCAGAUCGUCGACGUCGUCUUCGGCGAGAAGGGCAGCUUCGUCCAGGACCUCAUCCUCCGCGAGGCCGCCGUGGGCCUCGACGCCAAGGUCCGCGAGGCGCUGAAC